AUGGUCAUCGUGCUAGGCGACGUCGCGCGAAGUCCGCGGAUGUGCUACCAUAUUCAGAGCCUGGUGCGGCAUGGAUGGGAUGUGCAUGUGGCAGGGUACUUUGAUACCACGUUGCCUGCGUCGCUGCAAGGACCGCAGGUCCACCCUGUCCGGCUGUGGACGCCCCCGCCUUGCCUUCAGGCGCUACCCCGCGCGCUGUUUGUGCUGGUCGCCCUUGUAAAAGUCCCGAUGCAGGCUGGGUCGUUGUUUCACGCGAUCGUACGCAGCACCCCACGCCCUGCCUUGGUGGUCGUCCAAACCCCGCCGGCGAUCCCGACACUGGGCAUGGUGCGCCUGGCGUGUGCAUGGACGCGCAGCCGCAUCCUCAUUGACUGGCACAAUACCGCGUACACCAUUCUCGCGCUCAAGGUAGGGCCUCGUAGCCUGUUGGUACGCCUCGCCGAACAGCUUGAACGAUGGUGUGGCCAGCGUGCUACGACGCACUUGUUUGUCACGUAUGCAAUGCGGCAUCACCUGGUCCAACGCUGGCAUUUGCAGGGCGAGACGUUGGUGCUGCACGACCGACCGCCCUCGCAUUUCCAUCGCUUGACGCAGGAGGACGCCCACACGUUUCUCCAGCGUGUCGGCCCAUCGAUAUGGGGUACUAUGGAGCCGAUGGACCCCACGGCGGCCCUGGUCGUGUCCAGCACAAGCUGGACACCUGACGAAGAUCUCGGGAUGCUGAUCGACGCCGUGUCGCAGUACGAAGCGCAAGCGCGGCGCCGGCCUUCUACGCGGCCUCUGCGCGUAGUCAUUACAGGGCGUGGGCCGCAACGCUCCAUGUACGAACGCCUCAUGGCGCAGCGCUCUGCACAGGAAGCAUGGCGCUACGUCUCGAUCCAUACGGCCUGGCUCGCUGCCGAGGACUAUCCGCGUCUUCUAGGCGCCGCGGACGUGGGUGUAUCGCUACAUACAAGUUCCUCCGGUCUAGACUUGCCUAUGAAGGUGGUCGAUAUGCUAGGAUGUGGUGUGCCUGUGUGUGCCCUGGGCUUUGCCUGCUUGCACGAGCUCAUUGAGCCCGGGGUGAAUGGCGCCGUAUUUCAUACCGCGGACGAGCUGGCUACGUGCCUACUUCAUACCUUGCAUACACCCCGUACGACCCAUGGCGGGUUCCUGGGGACAGAGCCUGCGACCUGGGACGCGCUAUGGGACCAGGUCGUAGCCUCGUCCGCCGCGUUGCAGUAG